UGAGAUAAACAUAAACAGUAACGAGAUUCGUUCCGGCAGCAUUUAUAAAUUUAAAAGCUUUUAAGACAACAGCACGAUGACAGGAACUGACUCCUUUAGCGAAGAAGCAGUCUGGGGCGACCUAGCGAACAUUCCGGCUGAUCCACCAAAGAUGCGGGACAUCUGUGACAAGUGCGGACGACCGGUUCCGGUUUGCUGGUGCUCGGCACUGCCCACUCAGCCCUUCAAUCCGAAAAGUCGGAUCAUACUAUUGCAGCAUCCAGCGGAGGAGAAACGAGCCCUGCGAACAGCGCCUAUGCUUUCGGUUGGACUGGCCCCCGGAAAGUGUUUAAUUUAUAAAGGCAAAAAGUUCCCCAAAUUCGACUCCGAGCUGGAAUCGAUUUUGACCGACCGGAAAUCUCUGCUGCUCUUCCCGAGUGCUGCCUCAGUUCCGAUCGAGCAACUCGACCUAUCCGAGGGCCCAUUCAACUUGAUACUGAUCGACGGUACCUGGCCGCAGGCCAAGGCCAUUUACACCUGCUCGACUGUGCUGCACGGGAUGCGCCAGGUCAAGCUGGUCAGCAGUGGCAACAGCAGCUACAUCAUCCGAACCCAACCGACCGACGGUUGUCUAAGCACGCUGGAAACGGCCAUCGAAGCGCUGAGCAUUCUGGAACGGGAUGACUCGUACCGGGAGCAGCUGCUACGUCCUCUGCACGCCCUGUGCCAGUUCCAGCUGGACAAAGGUGCCGUCACGCAUCAGUCCAAGGAGUUUCUCAUCAAACAUAAUCAGUAUCCGAAGCUGAUCGGACGAAGACUGAAUAAAUUGCUAAGAAAUGCGGAUAAUCUAAAGGGUCGGAAAGAUCCUGAAGAGGACGAUGCUGAAGAGAAACAUUAGUUUUAUAUUUUAUUUUCAAUUUUUUUUAUUGUUUAUUACUUUUUUCAUAUAUGAGUAAUAACAUAAAAUAGAGCGAAUAAUGUAUUGUUUUUACGAUAUAUACAUCUACACUACGCUGUUCAUUGCUGUAAAUAAAUCUAUU